UAGUCGAGUCCCGGUCUCAGGUCGCGUCGGGACGUGUUCAGUUUUCGGGCGAGUGCCGUAACGCGUGUAUCGUGUUUCGCUGGUAAACAAUAAUCAACGCGUAACAAGUCAAAUUUAAUGACGAAGUUUUGUAUGUUGGGAAGAUAACGGUGAAGAGAAAUUGGAGGAAUUUUAUUGAUUGAGAAUAUGUGCGAAAAUUGAGAGGAAAUUGGAGAAAUUAUUUAUAAUAUUUUUUGGGAGAAACUGUGUCCUAGUUUUUGGCAGCUUGGGUCGAGGUGUUCGAGGGACUGCACACAUUUUUAUAGUCGAUACGGGAGAGGUCUCUCGCCUCUGGGGAAAAAUUUAUAUCACAGGUGGAUUUAUCGGGGCUAGAGUGGCCCUUACGUACUUGUGAAUAUUUUCGGGCAAUUGUUUGGCUUUUUUUUUAGAGGGGGGCUUUGGAGAGCUCGUGAUUUGGGCCACCUCAAUUGGCCUGUUAACGUGGUUAGAGUGACAGUGAUCGUGGGUUACUUGAUACAGUGAUUUGGUGCGAGUUUUAUUUGUUAUUUAUGGUUUCAUAACUGGUGGGUGUUAUCGGGUGAUAAACGGAUUAUUUCAGUGGUGAUUUGUUUCGAGCAGAAAACACUGAGCGACCCCCGCUGCAGGAUCGUUAACGGAGAGUUUUGGAGCUGUUUUCGUUCAUGUGAUGCUGAGUGUGUAACAUAAAAGCUAACCAGCAAAAUGAAUGCCUUUGUGGGAUACCGUCUCAUUUUGGCCCUCCUACCUCUUGUGAACAUUGUCACGUCCCUCGAGUGGAAGAAUAGCGCUGUGUUGGACAACAACUUCCUGGUACUCUGGACACCAGGAGAGAGAGACAUUGUAUUCGAGGUACAAGUUAAGACUCAGGGAUACGUGGGUCUUGGCUUCACAAGAGACGACAGGCAUGUUGGUGCCGACAUGGUCAUCGGUUGGGUCGAUAACAACGGCCAGGUUCAUCUUCAGGAUCGGCAUGUAAAGGACUCAAACCGAGAUCCCCAGAUGGAUUCCAGUCAGGACUACCACCUGCUGUUGGGAUAUGAGAACAAAACUCACACUGUACUGCGAUUCAGUCGUCAGUACGAUACAUGUGAUCCACGGGACCUCAAGAUCACGAACGACACGAUGCAGGUCGUCUGGCAGUACCACGUGGAGGAGCCAGUGUCAGCAGCCGGUGUAUUGCCACCCCACGGGGCUGUCCGUGGCUCCCGUCCGCUGUACCUCGUUCAGAGGGACUCACCACCAAAGCGCACAGCACGAAAUCAAGAGGUGCCAUCGACCAUAAAAACGUGGGACGUGUUAAAUCAACAGGUUAAAUUGCCGAUGGAGGAAGACACCCUCCUAUGGUGCAGAGUCGUUGAAAUGCCGCGUUUGAGCCGUAAACAUCACGUCAUAAAGUACGAGCCAGUUAUUCAACCGGGUAAUCAGCAGUACCUGCACCAUAUGACCCUGUACGAGUGUCGUGGAAAGGAAUCGGACUUGGAGGCAGCAACCAAUGGUACAGUCUGCUAUCAGGGUGACCAUCCAUCACUCCUGUGUACUUCAAUAGCAGCCACGUGGAACCUAGGAUCGGAGGGCUUCAAUUAUCCCCCCGAAGCUGGAUAUGCCCUUGAUCCAGAGUCUGGACCACGUUAUUACAUGCUUGAGACACACUACACAAAUCCCUUACUGGACAACUUUAUAACUGACAGUUCAGGAUUGAGACUGGUAUACACUAAUCAACUUCGUACUCACGAUGCUGGUAUUCUCAGUGUUGGCAUCGAUCCUAACUGGCGUCACAUAAUACCACCAGGACAGCGGGAGGUUGUCUCAGAGGGUCACUGUGUAACAGACUGCACUGGUCAGACGAUACCCGAGAGUGGGGUCAAUAUGUUUGCCGUUAUAAUGCAUACACAUCAGCUGGGUAGAAAGGUCAGAUUGAGGCAAAUACGAGCAGGUGAGGAAUUACCACCGAUUGCAUCCGAUACAAAUUACGAUCCGAAUUAUCAGGAGUACAGGAGAUUGCAACGUCCAGCCAAAGUUUAUCCGGGAGAUCAUCUUGUUGCUGAGUGUACGUACUCAUCCGAGAGCAGGCAGACUAUCACUCUGGGUGGUCUAACAACACGUGAGGAAUCCUGUCUAGUAUCAGCAUUGUACUAUCCCCGUAUUGAGCUAUCUCUCUGUUACUCACUACCCUCAUUACCAACAGUCCUUCAGAGCCUGGGAAUUCAGAAGCUCAAGCAGGGAGCAACUCCGGUAAUAAUAGAAGCCCCAGCUGAGCUAGCUGGAAUGACCCUAGAAGAGCGAUUGAUGCGUUACAACUGGGAGACGAGUUUCCAAAGUUUUCAAGAGGCAACUCAUCGUGGUACAUUCAAGCCCCUCUGUUGGAAUCGCAAAGGUGAACUUCUACCAAAUACCGAUGUACAGGAAGCUCAUUAUCCACGUAUACUACGUCCAUACAAGGAAACAAUGCUACCGUGUGCUAAAAAAACACCGAGAAAUAAAUUAUCACGUUUAUUCGGUGAGGAUGGUGAUCUUCCUGCACCAGUUGAUCCAGACAGUGAUGAAGCUAAUGCUGUUGAAAGGGGCCAAUUGGUACGGAGUAAAGUGUCACGUAGUAGUGAGGGUCCCGUUGCCGGUAGUUCCGGUGUUACGAGAGCGCCAGUUGUUCUUGUACUCGCUGUCAUGGUUGCUGCAUUCAGAUGAACAUUAUAAAUGUGUAUUGUGACCGAAAGUGACUGUUGAGUGCACAAAACACUGUGUUACUGUCUGGUGUUGCGAUUUAAAACGAGGGGGGAGGGGAUAAAUUAUGAAAAAAAAAUGAUGAAAUGUGUGAAAUUUUCUCCACUCAGGCUCGUGUGCAAUCUAUUACGCUAAUUUACUGCGUACAUCCUAAAUAAUGACGCUGUGGCUGGAAAACAAAUGGCGUAAGUUUCGAGACAUAAUGACGAUUACACAUACGCUUUAUAUUUCUUCGCUGCUCUCAUUCGACGUUCAUAAUUCGUCAGAAAUACGGGGAUGAUUGGAAUGUCUUGAGAUUUGAUUGCUUUACUUUAUCGUCAGUGCAGAUGACUAUUUAAUUUGAAUUCUAAUUCAGUAGUGGAGGGGUUAACCGAGAUAAAUCACUUUUGACUACUGACAAGUUUUUUUAUGAAUAUCUCGAAAUCUAAGGGAGAUACACAAAUUUUCGUGGUGACCUUUUUGUGGAGAAAAUUGAGUGCUACAACAAAGGUCAGCACAAAAAUUGCGCUAUCUGUCUUACAUUCAGAGAUAUUCCCCAAAAAGUCAACGCGGAGAUAUGUUAUGUCGUUUUACCACUGCAAUACUGAAUUGUUGAUAUUUAUCCCCCGGUUCCCAUCGAGAGGGGGAUAUUGUACGAUUUAUCAAUGAGUUACCUUGUUGCAAGGUAGAAUUUUUACAGCUUCUUGGGUAAUUUAACGAGUGAUUGAUCGAGGCGGUGAAAAAAAAAUGUUGGCUGUUUAUGCGCAGUCAGGGAUUCGGCGGGGCCGAUGGUAAAUGCAAAUGGUGUAUAUCUCACGUGGAAAAUAUUAAGAGAUAUUUAUAUUAAAUAGUAACACACUAUCACGUUUUAGCAAUUCAUUUUGCUGAAAACCACACACGCAAGCACUACUCGGCCGUUUCUAUGCUUUUAAAAUGGUCAGCUAUAUCGCGCUGACUCGGCGAGACAAGUUUACAACACGGGUUUAACUAAAUUAAUAUCGUCCCUUGCACGGUUCCCUGCGCAAAUUUUGUAUAUUUUGUUAAUUAGAUUAUUAUCGAUAUCGUGUUUCAUUUUUUUUGAGGGGUAUGUACAAGUAUGGGUCGAUUUUCUUGGACUGUGGAUCGGAAAAAUGGAUUUUAUCACUUCGAAACGUUUGUUUUUUUUUGUUUCAAUAAAAUAUCUACAAUUGGCAUAAAGUCAACGAGAUAAAAUAUUUUUCCCAGCUAACGAUAGCAACUUGACCCAAACUUUUCCCACAAUUUUUGUAACAUUUUGUACAGGUGAUUCUAUAUAAAAUUAUAUAAUUAUUUCGUAUACCAUAAUUAAGUAGGAAAACGUAAAUAUAAAUAAUUAUUUAUUUUUUUAUUUGAUGAUUAUUGUAAAGAGGGAGAUUAUUUUCAAACGUUAAAUUAUUUUCAAUUAUCAGUUUCAUUGAAUAAUUCGAGUUAAAAUUGUCCAUAUUACUUUGUUAUCGUGCAUCGACCAGAGAAAUUAAAUAUCUAUUCGCAUCUGUACACACAAAUAAAAGCACAAUUUGUGUAUGGAACCCUUCGCGCACAAAAUUUCGUGGCUGAAUUAUUCCUGAAAAUCGAUUUCUCUUUAGCGAUUCUCUCCCCCCGUCCUCACCAGCACUAGUAGAUUUACCUGCAUUUUUUUAUUCUCUUUUUUUACGUUCAAGUACUCUCUGUUCAACCAAAGGCUUUGCGCCUGUAGUAAUGAGCUUUUAACGAUUUGGACGACAAGAACGGAAAUAACAGUGAAUAAGAAGAAAAAAAAGUAAAUAAAAAAGAGUGUAAAAUGGCCAGCGAAUAUUCUAGUCUGGCAGAUGUAAUUUUCAUUUUCUUAGCCUCCUCUCCACCUUUUUCAAUGUUAGGACCAGCCAAAACAACACCGAUACUCCAACAUUGUCAUUAAAAAUGUUAAUCCACAUCUGCGAUUUCACUACUGAAUUCUAUACCUGAAACGACUAUGACAAAUUGAUUUUUCUCGAAAAUGAAUAAAAGAAAUUUAAUAAAAAAAGCAUAACGAUUUCUGUAGUCGAUAAUUCAAUAUAACUUUAAAAAAUCCAGUAGAACAUAUUUUACAAUUUAAUACGGUUAUUCGUAAAUGUCAUAGGGAUCUGUGUGUUGUAGUGCCGUAGGGCAGCGAAUUUAUCUAAAGAAAAAAAAUUAAGGAAAAUAAAAAAAAACCAUUAAAGAUAAAAGAGUAAUGUAAACUGAUUAUGGGGUUUCAUUGAAAAAUCGUUUGUCGUCGAUAUUGCCGUGACAAAUAAAAAAAAAUAUUAACACAGUCGAUAUUGCUUCAGAAGUUUCGACAAUUCAAUCGACUACCGCCGACUGGUCGCCAAUACUCCCGGCAUUGGAUUUAAUCCAGCAAUCAUAGGGGGAGGAUGGGGGGAGGGAUGAAUUGGUAUGUGGGUGCGAGACAAAUCGCAUCAAAAGCUGACAGUACUGCGUGUAAUAUAAUUAUCAACUCGUUGUUAUCGGCCUGGACCCGCACGGAUUUCCGAUUUCCCGUGAGCACGGGCUGAAAACACGCAGUAGCACGAGGGGGUGUUGUAGUGAGGAUUGAAAGUUCCGGGUUUAGGGGGGAGGGGGUUGAGGGGGACAGUUAAUAGGGAUUCGUUUUGGCGUAACUACCAAUCGAUUUGACCAACGCAAACUCAAUUAUUGCCGUUGUACGUUCAGUUCUGGGUGAAUUUGUAACAUUUAUGAUUUAACAAAACAAAGAAUGAUGAGUCUAAUGACAGUAAGGUCAUCGUUUACAGAGGAAAUACAGUUAUGGAUCUAGUUCAUAAAUUUUUUUGUCCUUUAAACGGAGGAUGACACUGGGGGGUGAUCACUCGUAACAGCUGGUGUAUGGAUACUGAUACUUCUGAAAUUGUUUGGAAUUGCAAUCGUUUUCUGAUGGAAUUCACGAAAGUUGUUUUGAAUUGUAUGGAAUGAAGUAAUUUUUUGACACUUCAUAAGAAUAAUUCACCGUUUAGAAAACAAGUUCUAGUAUUUGUUUACACGAAGUAAAUUUUUGAAAAAAUAUCAAUACCUCCCGAAUUUUAAUUUAAAAAUAUUUUACUGUAAAAUUCGUGGGGGAGUGAUUACCCCUCCUGAAAGGCUUACAAUGAAUAAUGAAUAGAUAUCGAUGUACGCGAUGAGAAAUCGACUGAAAUCGCCAUAAGGUUGAACGCCCUUAUUGCAAGGCAACAGAGGAUAGGCAUUAUUUUGGGUAUAAUAAAAAAAUAAAAUGUGAAACUGCCGGUGAUAUGUACCAGAACAAUCAGCAAAUUAUGACGCGUAUUAUUCUCACGAUUUAUUAAAUGGAAAAUUAAAUGAUGUUAGAUAUGAGGGACAAAUGAAAGCGAGAAAAAUAUCAUGAAUUUAUACUCAAAGAUCUUGCAUCAUUGUGUACGGUUAGUUCUUUUCUAACAAUGACUGUAAAUCGUAGGUUUAACCACAAUAUCAAUCUACUUGACCCAGUAACUCAUAGAAAACGAGAAAUCCUAUAAAUACAGAUUUUUUUUUCCUGUCGAGCACCGCCAUUGACUGGUGGUUGACUGUUCGUUUUCAAGUACCAUCGAUAUUUUUAAAAAUUGAAAACAGUCCAUUGGAGGAAAUAAAUUCGUCGAUUGGUAUCGUGGUGACUCUCCGUAAAUAAUAAUGAAAAUAAAUAAAUGAAAAGCCACUGACUUUGUAUGUACUGUAUGUAGCGAAUUCAAGAAAUAUUGAAUGAAAACGUCUCUCACUAGGACGCGGGAGAAUGAUUAGAAUGUGUGUAAAUAGAGAGAUAUUACUGAUAAUGAAAAUUGUAUAUAGCUUUAAUAUUAUGUAGAAUUCCAUCGUCAGAGACAAUGGCAGGCUUUUGAAUACCUAUUAAUUUAAGUAGAUAGUUAUUUUGAAGGAUUGAAAAAAAGAGCGAGUUAACAUGUGAAGAUAUCUCGUUUAGGCGUUAUUCAUUUACACGUAUUAUCCGCCGCCCUCGAGUCCUUAUGACAGCUCUUCGAAAUCUUUGUACUACCUGCCCACGCCAUCUUUAAUGAUGUACUGAAGGAUUAUGGAAAAAACUGGAGAAUAACCGGAUGCUACACUAUCAACUACACUGUAACAAAUUGUAUUAUAUUUUAUAUAUAUAAAUAUGUAAAUGUUUUUCUAAAGAA